AUGAUUGUGCUAAACGAGGAAAACUUCCCCAAUCUAGAAUCAAAUGACAACGAAUGGAAAAUUCAGCGAAGGAAGUACCGCUGUAAAAGGCCAGGCCUUUCACAUAGCAUAGACCCUGCUUCUAGUAACACUAGUGUGUCUGAUCGCAAAGGCUGUGGCUCCGGGCAAGAUCGUGACUCAGACCAAGUGUUAAAGACUCCAACACGGGGAUUGAACUGCCUUGAUGUUGUUGCCACUUCUCUUGAAUCAUGGGAGUAUGUUGUGUCGACCUUGGACCCUGUCAUCGCCGACCAUUGUCCGGUGGUGCUUAGUGUGUUUCUUCAGCCUGGGGUAAGUGACGCCAACAUCUUACAAUGGACCAGUAAAUAUAAGCGCACUAGGCGCAUCAUUAAAACUGAAAGCUUACCUGAAUUUAAGUCUACCUUGUCAACAGUUGACUGGAGUGAUGUGCUUCUUAAAAACGAUCCGGAAUCGGGGUUUGACUCUUUUUUUGACAUAUUUAGGUACAUCUUUGAUAAUGUUUUCCCUGUAAAAAAUGUAUCAGCUAGUAACACCAGACUGUUGGCAUGUAAAAGUAAACCGAGAUACAGUGAUAAGUCCUGGUAUACUGAUGAACUGGCAAACUUGAGGAAAUUAAUGAUUUCACUCCAUGAUAGAUACAGGACGUGUGUUUGCACAAUUGAAAAGACUAGGUUCCACACCCUCUAUCUCAGGGCCAAGAGGCUCUAUAGAGUCCAGGUAGAUCUGGCUAAAAAGGAAGCGAAUAUGGCUGCAAUAAUUACAGCGAAAAAUUCAUGCAAGGCGGCUUGGGGCCUAGUGAACCAGGUCCAGAAACGUAAGCCAGAUAUGAAAUGUGCAGCUAGCCCUGACGAAUUUAAUGCUUUCCUCCUCGGUGAGGUUGAUAGAAUUGUAAAAUCUUUUGACUCUCCGACCGAUGACUCUGUGCCUCUGCUCUCUCCUAACUUGUCUAGGCCAACUGUCAGUACGUUCACGAGAUGGCGCAAUGUGACACCCGAUGAAGUUAUGAAAAUUAUUAACAACUUUAAAAACUCCCAUAGCCCUGAUGUGCAUGGAAUGACUGUCACCAUCUUGAAAUAUGUAUCGGAAGUAAUAGCCAUACCUCUAGCAAAAACUAUUAAUGCAUGUUUACAGAGCGGAGUCUUUCCCAAUUCACUGAAGGUGUCAAGAACGGUCCCGGUCUUUAAGAAGGGUGAUCCAGCAUCUAUCAGCAGUUAUAGGCCCAUCUCAGUAAUUCCAGUUAUUGCAAAGGUGUUCGAGACUAUUAUGAAGAGGCAACUAGUGGACUACUUGGAGCGCAACUCUCUACUUGCGAGUUCCCAGCAUGGGUUCAGGCGUGGUCGCUCGACUAUCUCAGCUGUCUCUGAGCUGAUAGGGGAGGUCCUAGAUACAUUUGAGGAUAAGGGCUCUGCUGCUUUGGUCCUUGCAGAUCUCAGCAAAGCCUUUGACACCGUCAACCAUAAGAUGCUACUACAAAAAUUAGAAAAUCUUGGGAUCCGUGGCAGUGUAUUUGAUGCCUUCAGGUCGUAUCAGUCAUUACUACAAUCAUUAAAGGGAGAAAAUCAGUGA